AUGGUCCUCAUAGAUAUUCAAAAAUUGCUACAAUCAAUGCAGAAGGAUAUAAAGAUGUACCCACUUCCCGAUAUCGACAACACAUACGACGCCUCUCAUGAUAUCCCUAGAGAGAUUUUUGAGGAGGCUAGCAUUGAGGCUAACGAGUAUGAUGUGGCUCUGUCAGACACCCUUAAUGUGGAGCAGCGGGCUAUAUAUGAUGAGAUUAUGUCCUCAGUUGAUACCGAACAUGGGGGUCUCUUCUUUGUGGAUGGUCCAGGCGGGACCGGGAAGACUUAUCUGUACGGAGCACUUAUCGCUACUAUACGUAGUCAGAAAAAGAUUGUUGUGGCAACAGCUACAUCUGGUGUCGCAGCCUCAAUCAUGCCUGGUGGUAGAACUGCUCACUCAUGCUUCAAGACUCCCCUCACCAUUGAUAAUGGGGCCUUCUGCACCUUCACAAAACAGAGUGGUACUGCCAAGCUGCUUCGAGCAUCAUCUCUCAUUAUUUGGGAUGAGGCUAGCAUGACAAAGAGGCAGGCUGUUGAGGCAUUGGACAACAGUCUCUGUGAUGUAAUGGACCGACCAGAGUUACCGUUCGGAGGGAAGACCAUCGUGUUCGGUGGAGAUUUCAGACAGGUUCUUCCUGUUGUUCGGAGAGGAUCGAGGGCUCAAAUAGUUGGUGCCUCGCUGAUGUCAUACCUUUGGGAUUCCAUGCGACAUCUAAAAUUGGUGCGCUACAUGAGGGCAAAGAGCGACCCAUGGUUUGCGGAAUACUUGUUGCGUGUCGGUGGAGGAUCUGAGGAGGCGAGCAUUGAUGAUGAAAUCCAUCUUCCUCGUGAUAUAUGCAUACCGCACACUGGGGAAGAUAGUGAUCUUGAUGCUCUAAUUGACUGUAUAUUCCCUAACCUCAAUGAUACUUCUAACUACAGCUUGAGCCAUCUACAUGCUUCAGUUGCAAGGAGCCAGACGCUGCAUCUUGGACUUGAAAAUCUUCUAGAUCAUCUUUGA